AUGGGUAAAGGUAUGGGAAUUUGUACCGCGUUGCUGGUUGGAGUGUUUUCCCCCCUGACUUUACCUUAUUUUCUGCGGCGCUGUGGUGGCGGCGCUGCUUGUAAUGCGGGGUGGCGUGGGAGUCCUUUCCCCGUCUGGCGUAUGCUGGCGGUGCGCGUCGAUUGGUUGCCACUGCUGUGGCUCGACCACCCCUUCCCAAGUCUUUCUGCUUCGGGUUGUCGCUACUCAGGGGCUACCUCGCCGUGGAGAAUUUCCUGA